AGUUCAGUUAUCAAAGUAGGUGAACGUGCCUUGAGAAUAAAUAAUAAAAAGAAAAUAUUAGGAAAACAUUUACUACAUCUACAAUUUCCCAUUACAAAAUGUGUAUCCUUAUGAAAUCGUCUCAAAUUAUUUUCUUCAUCUUUAUAUUGGGGAUGAGCCGUAUGAUUUCAGCAGAAACUCCAGUACGAAAAUGUGCCUAUGAUGUACCCUUACCAUUAUCAGUACAAGUGGACAGCUGCUCUACAAUGCCCUGUGACCUUUGGAAGGGAUCUGAAUCCCAAAUCAUCAUACAAUUUGUGGCCAAUCGCAAUGAUAUGUUCAAUGUGAGGGCUAAUGUUGAGUUCACCACUUUGGGUGUACAAAUACCCUACGAAUUGGAAGCAUCUCGCAGUGAUGUUUGUGAGAAUCUCAUGUAUGGUGCUUACUGCCCUCUCUAUAAGGAUGAAGAUGUAACCUAUCACUUGGCUUUGCCGAUAGAUAGACAUCAACCCGAGGUACCCACAAAAGUUGAAAUAUCUCUGUUGGAUAGCCAAAAUUCAAAUAUGAUCUCAUGUUUUGUAUUGGAUGCUAAGUUCAGAAGUCGUUAAGGGGUAACUAUUUUUAGAAAACUAUUGGUUAAGUUUGAGUUAUUGUAAGUAACUGUAAAAUGUACAAAC